CAACGACCUCCCCCCCACGCCCCUCCCCCCUCCCCUCCUCCCCUCCACGCCUCCCCACGCCUCCCUCUCCACCUCCCCCUCCUCUUCACACCGCUCUCGCCCUCGCUCCGGCUCUCGGACCUCCCCGAUCGUCUCCCACUACGAAGCAUGCUGGGCGGAGAUCGAUCCGGCGGCGAUGAUGGCGGCGGCAUGAGCAGCGGCGUGUACGGCGGCUCGGACUCCUGCUCCGACACGUCCGGCUACUAUCACACGUCGGAUGGGGCGUACGAGUCCUCCUCCAGCGACUGCCGGUGCACCUGCCUCGAUGUGACCCUGCCGAAUGCCUUCUACUGUAUGGUGGUGUCCUGGAACAGCUCCCUGCCCCGAUCGCUGCUCAAGCUCAGGGUCCUCGGGAUCGCGGCCUGCUGGUGGGGGCUCAUCCUGUCCAUUGUGGCGGCCCUGUCCUGUGUGCUCUUCCUGCCGCUGUACACGUCCAAAUCGUGGUCCCUGUCGCCGGGGGGGACCUUCAAGAUCGAGGUCAACCCCCGGUUCUUCGACGGGGUCACCCACCUGUCCGGGGCCGAGGCCGAGAUGUACUUCACCCCGGCCGAGGAGGGCCCCCCGGGGCGCGUCAGCAUGCUGACCACCGACAUGGUGUCCGAGCUGCACAGCCCGUCGGCGCAGUAUUAUCGCGCGUUCGAGCUCCACCUGCCGGCCGGGGGCCAGGUCGCGUCGGUUCUGUCCGGGAAUGUGCCCUGUCCACUGACCUACCUCAUCAUCCAGGGGUGGUACAAUUAUGACCAGUGGCGGUACGGGGAAUGGGCGCCGGUGGUGUUCCAGGCUACGCUCUUCGCCGGGCAUCCGAUCACACACACCCUGCUGUCGUACGAGACGGAUUCCUACUUUUUCGUGGUCUUCAACAGCUCGCAUGGGGCCUGCCCCACGGUGCCGCUGUUCAUGCAGCUGUCGCCGGAGGUGCCGGCAUACCGCCUGUCGCCGAGCCGGCGAAUGGCCCUGGGCCAGGAGACGGCCGUGCCGGCCGGCCAUGCUGGCAUGGCGUCGGUCAUCGUCCACACCAAGAGCGCGCUGCGGUAUUAUGACGUGCGGCUGGGGUACUCCCGGCGCCCGGGCGAGCUGGAUGUCAUGCUUGGCUUGAGCAUCGGCCUGCCAGCCGGGCUGGGGGCCCUGCUUGCGGUCAUCUGCUGGACGGUGUUGCAUGUGAAGGUGGCCCAGAGGCGGCGACUGGCCGGUGGGCCGGCCUGGCAGCAGGUGUCGCCGGAUGACGGGGGCGCCGGUGCUGCCCCGACUCCGGGGUGCCCUCCGGCCGGCGGUGCGGCAUACGGGCAUGCCGGCCGGUCGGCGGACUUGUCGCCGGCUCCGGCCGAUGGGUGGCCCGAUGUGGCGCAUGAUCCUCUGCUGGGAGGGCUGCCGGCGGGUUUGGCGACAUCCCGGCCGGGGUCGCCUGGCAUGCCGGCGUAUGGCGCGACGGGGCAAAGCUGGGCCUGCGACGGGGCGCCGCUGGACUUUGCCGCGGCCGAGCCCCCGCCGCCGUACUCGGCCGAGCAGUCAUCCUCCUCAAAUGUGGGAUGGUCCAAAUACUGACGUUCGUGGGCCCGGUGGCUGGAUUCCUUUGAAAUGCACCUGGCCGAGAGGU